UCCUUGUGGCAAAAACCAACAACCGCGCUUUCCCUAAUUUUGCUUAUCAUUCUCUAGAGGCAUCAAUAGCGACCACUGCAAAGAAACAACCGCGACCAUCACCGUAGGUCCAUCUUCACUAUAUAUCACACACCCUGUUACCGAUGAUACAUCCUAACGGACUGUUUUAGCUGUAUUUGUGCAGCCCUCCAGUCGCAAUCAUGUCUGACGCCGACUUCGAGGCCAUAAGGCGCCUUCAGGCGGAGCGGAACGCUGCAGCCUCGAACAAAAAAGGUUCUAAAAUUUUCGAUCCAUCCAGCCAACGAACUGACGUUUCGACCAAGGCUUCCCUGACUGAAUCCUUCGAUACAACGCUCUACGAUCGCAAUGGAACCGACAAGUAUGCGGAAUAUAACACCUCCAUCCCCGUUGAUGACGAAGAUGAGGAUAUGGCAGAUGGGGACGUUGGCCACCGACUGACUGGCCAGUAUACGGCGACCAAGGAGCAAAUGAACGAAUUUGCCGCUGGCAAAGGGGUCGAGGAAGAGGAUAUCCUCCUUGGACGUGAGAAAUCUGCCAGGAUCUCAGAGCGUGAGACUGACUACCAGAAGCGACGAUUUAACCGCGGCCCUCUUACGCCGACACGCGCCGACCCUUUCGCUUCAAAUUCCCAAGCAGGUGCAGAGACCGAAGGCCAAACGUAUCGCGAAGUUAUGGCUCUUCGCGAGCUCGAAAAAGAGGAAGAACGAGUGAAAAAGUUGAUUGUAGAACAACAUGGUAAAGGCGAGAAAAAUGGAUCGUUGGAACAUGAAGCGACGUUGAAAUUAGAGGAGGCGGACAAAGAAAACGUGGAAGCGGGUUCAACUGCGUCAGUAGCUUCUGGGAGGAAAAGAAAGCAAAGAUGGGAUGUGGCCUCCGAAGCGGCACCUGCACCGGAAGGUGACAAACCGGUUGAAGCGAAGCCGAAGAGAUCUAGAUGGGACCAAACACCUGUUCCCGGUGCACCAGAAGAGGCGCCUAAACGCCGAUCAAGAUGGGAUCAAGCACCAUCUCUCGUAACAGCCACGCCAGUUGGUAAUGAGGGCCUUGCAACUCCCAUGCAUCCUUCUCAGACAGCGGCUCCUGUUGCUCCAUUAACAUUUGGAACCGAUAUUUCUAGCCGAAAUGCACCUUUAUCUGACGAAGAACUAGACUUGAUGCUUCCAUCGGAAGGCUAUAAGAUUCUCGAACCCCCACCUGGGUAUGCACCUAUUCGGACUCCCGCUCGGAAGCUGAUGAGUACACCAGCACCAAUUCCAAGCGCCAGUGGGUUUGGGGGGUUCAUGAUGCAAGAGCCCGAGAAUGCUCGGGCGAUGGGGAAACAGUUGCCAACGGAUAUCCCAGGUGUUGGAGAUUUGCAGUUUUUCAAAGCAGAGGAUAUGCAAUAUUUCGGCAAGCUCGUCGAUGGAGCAGAUGAGAAUACCAUGUCGGUCGACGAAUUAAAGGAAAGGAAAAUAAUGAGAUUGCUUUUGAAAGUCAAGAAUGGCACGCCUCCAAUGAGGAAGACUGCCCUUCGACAACUUACAGAUAACGCCCGUCAAUUUGGUGCAGGACCUCUUUUCAAUCAAAUCCUUCCAUUGCUCAUGGAGAAAUCAUUGGAGGAUCAGGAACGACAUUUGCUCGUUAAAGUAAUCGACCGGGUACUUUACAAACUUGAUGACCUUGUUCGACCCUAUGUUCACAAAAUCCUCGUUGUUAUUGAGCCUCUCCUUAUUGACCAGGAUUACUAUGCUCGUGUGGAAGGUCGAGAGAUCAUUUCCAACCUUAGCAAAGCCGCUGGUCUCGCCCACAUGAUCAGCACCAUGCGUCCUGAUAUUGAUCAUGUCGACGAAUACGUACGAAACACGACUGCGCGAGCCUUUGCUGUUGUUGCAUCAGCUCUUGGCAUACCCGCUCUCCUUCCGUUUUUAAGGGCGGUGUGCCGCAGUAAAAAAUCAUGGCAAGCAAGACAUACCGGUGUUAAGAUUGUUCAGCAAAUUCCAAUCCUGAUGGGAUGUGCAGUUUUACCACAUUUGCAGGGCUUAGUGGACUGUAUUGGGGACAAUCUCAGUGAUGAGCAAGCCAAAGUUCGUACCGUAACUAGCUUGGCGAUUGCUGCUCUUGCUGAAGCUGCAAACCCAUAUGGUAUCGAAAGCUUUCAAGAUAUCCUUGGGCCCCUUUGGACAGGAGCAAGAAAGCAGCGAGGCAAGGGGCUUGCAGGCUUCCUCAAGGCUGUCGGCUAUAUUAUUCCACUUAUGGAUGAGGAGGGUGCAAACUACUUUACGAGCCAGAUUAUGGAAAUUCUUCUUCGCGAGUUCUCUUCGCCUGAUGAAGAGAUGAAGAAGGUUGUUUUGAAAGUUGUAUCUCAGUGUGCGGGAACGGAUGGUGUCACGGCUGCCUAUUUAAAGGAACAUGUGCUAACCGAUUUCUUCAAAUGCUUCUGGGUAAGGCGCAUGGCACUCGAUAAAAGAAACUACCGGCAAGUAGUCGAAACAACCGUUGAUUUGGGCCAAAAAGUUGGAGUAAGCGAAAUUAUAGAAAAGAUUGUCAACAACCUGAAAGAUGAGAGCGAAGCAUAUCGAAAAAUGACAGUAGAAACCGUCGAGAAAGUCAUUGCGUCCCUCGGCGCAGCAGAUAUUGGCGAAAGGCUAGAGGAGCGACUUAUUGAUGGCGUCCUGUUCGCUUUCCAGGAACAAAGCAUAGAGGAUAUCGUGAUCUUGAACGGAUUUGGUACCGUUGUCAACGCACUUGGAACUCGUUGCAAGCCGUAUCUUCCUCAGAUUGUCAGUACAAUUCUCUGGCGUUUGAAUAACAAGUCCGCAACAGUUCGUCAACAGGCCGCCGAUCUUAUAUCCCGCAUUGCUAUGGUCAUGAAACAGUGCGGUGAGGAUGCCCUCAUGGGUAAACUCGGUAUCGUCCUUUACGAAUAUCUCGGCGAAGAGUAUCCAGAAGUCCUUGGUUCCAUUCUUGGAGCCUUACGGUCUAUUGUCACCGUUGUCGGUAUCAAUCAAAUGCAGCCACCUAUUCGAGAUCUGUUACCCCGUCUCACUCCUAUUUUACGAAAUCGCCACGAGAAAGUACAAGAGAACACAAUUGACUUAGUUGGUCGGAUAGCGGAUCGAGGGCCGGAAUCCGUUAAUGCCCGAGAAUGGAUGCGAAUUUGUUUUGAGUUGCUCGAUAUGCUCAAAGCUCACAAAAAGGGUAUUCGUCGUGCAGCUAAUAACACAUUUGGCUUCAUUGCAAAGGCAAUCGGCCCCCAGGACGUCCUUGCUACCCUUCUCAACAACCUUCGCGUGCAAGAACGUCAAUCCCGCGUUUGUACAGCUGUUGCCAUCGGUAUUGUUGCCGAAACCUGUGCCCCUUUCACAGUUCUACCUGCCCUUAUGAACGAGUAUCGAGUACCAGAAUUGAACGUCCAGAAUGGCGUACUCAAAGCUAUGUCCUUCCUUUUUGAAUACAUCGGUGAAAUGGCAAAAGACUACGUUUACGCUGUCACCCCACUGCUUGAAGACGCAUUGAUAGACCGGGACCAAGUACAUCGACAAACAGCAGCCAGCGUAGUGAAGCACAUUGCUCUUGGCGUUGUUGGCCUUGGAUGUGAAGAUGCAAUGCUCCAUCUCCUCAAUUUGCUUUAUCCUAACCUUUUCGAGACAAGCCCUCACGUCAUUGAUCGUAUAAUCGAGGCUAUCGAGGCUAUCCGCAUGGCCGUGGGCACUGGCAUUGUGAUGAACUAUGUUUGGGCAGGCUUGUUCCACCCGGCAAGAAAAGUAAGGCAGCCAUAUUGGAGGCUUUACAAUGAUGCCUAUGUUCAAGGGGCGGAUGCUAUGGUACCUUAUUAUCCUACUCUCGAAGACGAAGGUUUAGCGAGGCAUGAAUUAGCGAUUGUUUUGUGAUUUAUGAUAGUUUUAUCCUGAACAGGCGUUCCUUGCUGGAUGUCCAAGCCUUUUUAAUUUUAUAUUCGCUUUGAUUCGUUUCUAACUUGUUAUUUACCUAUCAUCAUUUCUUAUGCCGUUUUCCUCCUUUUUGGCGAUUGCGUUUCAGCGUUUAUAUCUUCGUCUCUCUUUUCAAAUUACUAUUUAUCUGUACCUUUAAUAAUACCUGGGAAAAGCAUGUAUACUUGAAUCGGAAAAAUUUAUAUCAUUCAUGGAGCUGUUUCAUUUAUGCUACGCAGCAACUUUCUCUCAAAGGCUGGGCUGACAUUGCAUAUUAAAGACUACCUACCCUACCUGGGUAGUUAGAGAAAGGCAAAUUUUAGAUUUUUAUCUUUAUCAGUCAGUAUCUUUGAUUCCGCCCUUUUUUACCCCCGACCAUUCCAAAGCUCAUCGACCGACGAUCAGCAAAUUUAAAACAAAUGCGCCUAGAAAAGCCCAAACUUUUUCCACGCGGGAUUUUUUCCAAUCGGGAACAAGAAACUGUGAUCGUAUAGUCCUACGGAACAAAUAAAGAUCGAAAACAUCAAAUUGGUCUGAAAUAUUCAGCAUCCAUCCGAUUUUGUGUUAAUUUUGCAACCCCCUAAACAUUUCGGGCCGAGGGAUUUUCCGGAGAUCAAACUUCCCCGGAUUUUGUGUGAUGGAACAGCAAGCAACCGAAGGUUAUUCCGACAAGGGAUCUAAUAAAUGAUGGGGAAAAGGAGUUGAGGGAGAUUACACAUAUUCAUGACAAUUAUAAAUAAUCUAUAUACCUGAUAAAAUCAUGCUGGGCAGCCCAUCGAUCUAUCAGUUCCUAUCUAACCUACUUGUUCCGUUCCUCCAUAGUUAACUACCAUGUUGUAAUAAUAUAAGAAUUGAGAGUAGGAAGAACACCACAAGUGCGAGCCCAAUCCCGCUAGGCUGAACAGGAUAUUUGUCCAAACAGAAUACUCAUCCAAUUGGAAGUCAUAUUUAUUCCUCGUAACGUAACCCUCAUCCAGUGGCGGAAAAAUGAAGAUUA